AUGGUUAAACAAACAAACUUUUACUUUAUCUUUUUAAUUUUUUUCAUCGAUCUAGUCAAGUCAAUUCCCACCGAAUACGGCGAUAAAUCUACUGUUGAUCAACACGAUAUAGUUGAGAAGCAUUCGAAUGAAGGAAAGGAUCGUGUUUAUGGAUUUGUUAAUUAUUUAGCAAGGAGAAGAGGUAGUGUUGGCCAUAGUUCUUUCGGUGGUGGUUUCCAUGGUUCAUUUGGAAGUGGUAGUCGUGGUGGUAGUUCUAGUUCAAGCAGUUCCAGUAUUAGCUCAGGGUCAAAACCUAAAGGAAACACUGGCAGUACUGGUAGUAGAAAUCCAAGCUAUUAUACUUAUGGGUGUGGGGCUCAAAGGUGUGGCUAUGGUCCGUACUAUGCCCCAACAGCCGCUGCUGCUGCUGCUGGAUACGGUACAGCAAAGUACCAUAAUACCCUGAGCAGUAGUGCUGCUGCAGGUAUGCAGAUACCGUAUGUGAAAAUAGCCAUUGCAGUUGGAUUUACUCUUUUGUGA